AUGGAGGAAGAAAUUCAUGCAAUAGAGACGAAUGAUACCUGGGAGCUUACCUCUCUUCCAACUGGUGAUAUUUUAAAGAAGUUCAAGAUGGAUACAACGAAAUCGAUUAUGACACUAGUUGAAGAAAAAUUGAGUUUGAUCAAGAAGGGUGCUGUAAAUCUUACACACUUUAAAAGUUUGGUAGGAAAUUUAAGGUUCAUGAAAAAUUCACAUCAGUCACAUUUGCAGGCAGCUAAGAGGAUUUUUAGGUAUAUUAGAGAUACUCGCAGUGAUGGCAUUUUUUAUUCAGAAAAUGAUAUAGUUGAGUUGUUUGGCUACACAGUGAUUGGACAGGUUGAUCCUACGAAGAUUUAUUGUGAUAGUAAAUCAACGAUUGAAUUAUCCAAGAAUCCAGUACUCCAUGGGCGUAGCAAGCAUAUUAAUAUUAAAUAUCACUUCAUACGUGAGUUGGUUCGAAAGAGAGAUAUUGAAGUUGAUUAUUACAGAACUGAAGAGCAAAUGGUUGACAUUUUUUUCAAGGCAUUGAAGACGUAA